UGCAAGCUUCCUGCAAGGAUGAACCCCUCCUCACUGCGAGAAGACGAGCAACUGGCAACGCUGGAGGAGCUCUUUGAGUUCAUCGACUGCUGGGUGAGCCCCGACGUGUUCUCGGAUAGCAUUAGCAUCGACUGCGAGUCCAUCAAGAGCGUCAGUGGCUGCUGUGAGCCCAUAACGUUAUGCUCGAUUGAGAGCAAGAGCUCGGAGCACGGAUCGCCAACUACAGUCGACCAAGCCACCCCCUCAACCACCAACUCAAGUUCAGCCGUACCGGCCAAGCCAAAGCGGAAGCGGGUCCGCACGGGCUGGAGCUCCUCCACGGGGCUGCAGCGCCGCAAGAGGGCCGAGUUACAGUUCCUCCGAGAGCACGUGCGAGACCUCGAGGCGUACGCAGAAAAGCUCAAGGCGCGGACCGGCCUGGUCCGCGUGACAGAGAACAAGGCGUGCGAUUGGCAAGAGCUGGCCGUGGCUGAAUACAGGGAGCGGCAGAAGGCCGAGGAGACGAACCGAGCGCUGCGGAGGAUCAUGGACAACCAGCUGCAGCUCAGCGCCGCUCUAAAGCUCGCCGCUGAGCGCGUAUAGAAAGAUAAAUGAAUAAAUAAAUACAUGAAUGAAUAGCC